GACCUGACCUAUAAAAUGCUGGGCUUGAGCGUGAUAUACCAACCGAGCGAGGCUGCCGAGCCGAGCAUCGAGGAGGCCAGCCUCGAUAAGAAGCUGGUGAAGCGGUUCGAGCAAAUCGUUGUCCACUGGACGAGGCAAAUCAGAAUUGCCCUCAGCGACCAGAACCCGAGCGAGGCCGGCGAGCUGCUCUCCUUCAAAGACGAAUGCGACUUCUGGAUCUACCGCUACGAGAACCUGCUCGGGCUGCGGCAGCAGCUGGACGGGUCGGCGGCGCGGCGGCUGCUGCGGCUGCUGGCUGCGGCGCGCUCGGGGCAGGCGCGCCGCCUGCAGGCCCUCGCCGCGGAGCUGGAGCGCGCGCUGCGCGAGGCCCGCGCCAACCUGCAGCUGCUGCGCGUGCUGGAGGAGCCGUGCGCCGCGCUGGCGGGCCUGGGCCCGGAGCGCCGCCCCGAGGAGCUGCUGGCCCGGCUGGCGCGGCUGCUACAGCUCUGCCGCGUGGUCUGGCUGCACUCGGCCUACUUCGGCGAGCCGCGGCGCGUCGGCAGGCUGUUCGAGCUGCUGGGCAACCAGGUCAUCGGCUGCUGCAGGGCGACCAUACCCCUGGAGCGCCUGCUCGCCGGCGAGAGCGGCGCGGCCGGCCAGGCGCUGCGGGCCAGCCUGCAGCUCUGCAGCCAGUUCCGCCGGCUGUACGGCCAGAUCUCAAGAGCCCAUAACAAGCUGACGCAUCACGGCUGGCAACUGAAUGCCGACCAAGUUUUCCAAUACAUAAACGUCUUCGUCGUCAGGUGCCACGACCUCGCUGAAAUCUCACAAGCGAUUAUCGAUUUUGCAAGGACGGAUGACGGCGCGGCGGCCACCGCCAGGUUCGGCGGCUCGAGGGGCGCCGAGCACGAGCGGGCCUGGGCGAGCAUCGAGCAGCGCUUUGCCGAGCUGAUGCAGUGGCUGCGCGGCGUCUCCUGGAAGAUCCUCAACGUGCGCCAGUCCGACUGGCCCGACGACAUGUCGCGCUUCCGGCGCGAGCUGCGCGCGCUGCAGCUGGCCGCGGGCGGCGCGCUGGGCCGUGCGCUCCAGCAGACGGCCAACGCGGAGGAGGCGCUGCGGCUGCGGGGCCUCUGGCGGCUGGCGCGCCGCGAGCAGUUGGCCCGGCCACGGCAGCUGCUCGCCGCCGAGGUCGCGGCGGUCCGACUGCGGCUGGCGGCCGAGCGCACCGAGUACUCGGCGCUGGGCCCGCGCUGGGCCGGCCGCGCGCUCGCGCUGCGCCUCGCGGCGGCGCGGCUGGCCGGCCUGGCGGGGCUGCUGCGAGCCCGCGGGCCCGGGGCGACCGUGGCGGCCGGGGCGCUGCGCCAGUGCCCGCUGCUGCUGGCCGCGCUGGAGGCGCGCGGCGCCGAGCUGCACCGCGGCUGGCUGGCCGAGCUGGGUGCCGGGCCGCCGGUUCGGCUGGACCGCGCGCUGCUGCGCCGCGGCGCCGGCGGCGGCCUGCGCUGCGACGCGCCGCCGGGGCUGGCCAGCCUCUCCGAGGAGGCCGCCUGCUGGCUGGACAUGGGCUUCCAGCUGCCGCUGGACGUGCAGCAGCUGCACGCUCGCUGGUCCGGCCUGUACCUCGUCUACGAGAACGUCCUGGCCAUCGCACGAGCUUACAACGCCAUCGUCGGGGCCUUAUCGGACGAAGAGAAAUUACUUUUUCGAGAGCUCAUCCGAGAACUUGAUAGUAAAAUCAAACCAGGAUUGAGAAAGCUUACAUGGAAUUCGGAUUAUAUCGAAGAUUAUAUUAAAGAUUGCAAUACGCAUACUGCUAACUUGCAAGAAUUCGUGCAUACUUACAAGACAUGUAAUAGAGACAUCUUGAAGAUAUGCUGUAGUAUUUGUGAUACGUGUAUGACAAAAAUAAGGGCGCAGUAUGUGUACGAAUUAGACGAACUGUUGGAAGAAAUGGAAAUGAUCAGGCAAGAAACUGUUAAAAUUUAUAUGAGCAAAUUUCAAGAAAUAGUCCAGUACUUACUAGUCGUUUAUGAAGGAUUCCAACGCGUCAUAGACGAUUGUUUGAAACAAUGGAAAUCCUACCUCAUGAAGUUUGAUAGACUGUUACAAGAGUCAUUAAAGAUAGCGAUAAAGAACUCUCUGGACGUUUUUUACGGGGUCUUGCACGGAGACGGAACUACGGCGCCUAUGCCCGUGGUGCACUUGAAGGUAGACUUGAUUGACAACAAAAUAAAUUUUUGCCCGGCACUGGCAGAGGUGGCCCGCAUGGUUUCCGAAGCGUUGUAUCGAGUAAUAGAUUCUCUGAAAAUAGUGCCACGGAUCGUGGAAAAGUUUCAGUUACACGAUCUGGAGACUAAACCUUUCUGGAAGGAAUACGUAGAAGAUAACGACCUCGAUCGAUCGCAACAGAUGUUGAACAACGAAGUUUCUUAUUGCUUCGGCCAAGUGCAAAACUACUUGACGACGUGGGAGCCCUUUGCCGACAUAUGGGAGGUCAACAAAGAUUUAUUUAUUCAGAGAUACGAAAAGUCGAAGCCGACAGUUGCCUUGUUCGAUGCCGACAUCGGCAGGUACGCGGAAGUAGCGAAUAAUGUGGAAAUGCAGGAGACCGUGGUGACAGUCCAUUUUUUGGAGAUAAACGCCGAGCGAUUGAAAGCUGCAAUCAGCGAGCAAUGUAGUCUGUGGCAGCUGAAAUUGACCGAAUUGCUGCUGCGAUUGACCGAGUCGCAGGUUCAUCACCUCCACAAAUACGUCGCCGACAAUAGCAAAAGAAUAACGAAGGAGCCGACGGAUCUCAUCAGCAUGCAAGCUGCGUUACAGUUGUUCGAGAGACUCACCGCUGACAUCCCACGCCAGGAGAAGGAGUUCCCCAAGAUAGGCCAGCAGUACGAGACUCUAGAAAAAUACCAAGUCCCCAUGACGUUGGAGUUGAAACGGAAUAUAAGGGGCAUCGAUGAAUGCUGGGCUUCCUACCUCAAGUUAUUGGCCUCCUGCAAGCUGACUUUGAUGGACAAGAAGCAAGCGUUUAAAAAGAGACUGAUCGAAGAAGACGAGCUGCUCAAGGGCAACAUAAUCGGCAUGCUUUCGCAAUUUCAGACAAAUGCCCCGUUUAGCGCUGAAUGGAGCACGAAAAGUGCGAGAAAUUGGUUGCGCAGUUUUCGCAAGAAAGUGAACACAGCGAAAACCAAAUUACACAAACUAAAGAAGGAUCUGGCUGUGUUCAGCAUCAGCCAGUUGGAUUCGGACGAGCUCGCGGUUUUACUAAAGGACCUGGGUGCGAUCGAACUUGUCUGGGAGCUGGCGGAGGAAUGGGAUAGAGCCUGGGAGCGCUACAAAGCGGGCAAUUUCUGGUCGAUUGAAAUGGAAGAAAUGGAGGAAAGGGCCAAUGUGCUGUUCCGCAAACUAACGCGAUUGAGCCGAGAGCUGAAGGAAAAGCCGUGGAGCAUAGUUGACGCAACGAGGUCACGCGUCGACAAAUUCCGGCGAACUUUGCCGCUCAUCACGGAUUUGAAGAACCCCUGCAUGAGGGAUCGACAUUGGAGGAAAGUUAUGCAGACGAUCGGAAGAGAGUUCGAUCGCAACUCCGAUGAAUUCACUUUGAGCGCCAUAGCAGAAAUGCAAAUGCACAGUUUUGCCGAUGAGAUCGCCGAUAUAUCCAAGUCCGCCACGAUGGAGCUGGCUAUCGAGACGGGCUUGAAGAAUAUCGCGCAGGUUUGGAAGGAGACGAGGCUGGUGAUGGUGUCUUACAAGGACAACGGGGUGUUCAGGCUGACCACGGUGGACGAGAUUACGCAGGCGUUGGAGGAGCAUCAAGUGCAGCUGUCGGCUAUGAAAUCCACCAAGUUCGUCGAGGCUUUCGCCGUGGAAGUUGAUUAUUGGGAGCGAGCCUUGUCGAGCGUCGGCGAAAUUCUAGAAAUGGUAUUGAGUGUCCAGAAGGGCUACGUCUACUUGGACAACAUCUUCGGUGCGGAAGACAUUAGGCGGCAACUUCCGCGAGAGAGCAGAGAAUUCGACGAGCUAACCGACUCCUGGAGGGAAAUUACCAGCCGCAUGGCCUCGGCCGUCCUCGCUCUCGACGCGACCCUCAAACCACCCGGCUUAUUCAAUACUUUGAACAAGCUGAACAAUAAGCUGGAAGCCAUUCAAAGGGAGCUGGAGCAAUACCUCGAGACAAAGAGGCACGUUUUCCCAAGAUUUUACUUUAUUUCAAACGACGAUCUCCUCGAGAUUCUCGCUAAUUCAAAGAAGCCCGAGCUCGUUCAGCCCCAUAUAAAGAAGCUCUUCGAGAACAUCAAGCACAUCAAGCUCGGCAGGUCGGCGUCGGGCAAGCCGGUCGCCGAAGGAAUGUUCUCCGCCGAGGGAGAGUACGUGGACUUUCUCCAGGCCGUCGUUCUGGAGGGCCCGGUUGAAGCCUGGCUAUGCUACAUCGAGUCAGCGAUGCGCGAGUGUCUGCGGGAGGUUUUACGACGGUGUCGAGCAGCUCUGCGAAAAAUGUCGGCGAAGCGGGACAAGUGGGUGAAGGAGUGGCAGAGUCAGCCUGGAAUAACGUCCACUCAGAUACAAUGGACCAGCGACUGCACUCGGAUUUUAGUGCAAUGCAAGCUCGCGCAAUCAAAGAAGCCGUUGAAGAAGCUCAAGCACCGUCAGAACCAGGCGCUCGCCAAGUACUCCGAAGCCGUACGCGCCAACCUGGACAAGCUUCAGAGACUCAAGUUCAAAGCCAUCGUGGUCAUCGAGAUCCAUGCGAGAGAUGUGAUCGACACCAUGUACCGAGCCAAUUGCAGGGACGUGUCAGCCUUCGAAUGGCUUUCUCAAUUGCGUUUCUACUGGGACAAAGAUAUCGACGACUGCAUUGCUCGCCAGACAAACACGUCGUUUAUUUACGGCUACGAAUACCUCGGCAAUUCCGAAAGGCUGGUCAUCACUCCGCUGACUGACAGAUGUUACAUAACACUGACGACAGCGCUGCACUUGCAUCGAGGCGGCAGCCCGAAGGGUCCUGCGGGCACGGGUAAAACCGAGACCACCAAAGACCUCGGGAAAGCCCUCGGAUUUAACGUCAUUGUGGUGAAUUGCUCGGAAGGCCUCGACUACAAGAGCAUGGGCCGGAUGUUUGCCGGGCUCGCGCAGACCGGUGCCUGGGGCUGCUUUGACGAAUUCAAUAGGAUUAACAUUGAAGUUUUGUCGGUCGUCGCACAGCAAAUACUUUCAAUACUGACUGCGCUAUCGCAAAAGGCAACAAGAUUCAUAUUCGAGGGAGCAGAUAUUUCCAUUGUUCAUACUUGCGGAAUUUUCAUUACUAUGAACCCAGGCUACGCCGGUCGUACUGAAUUACCUGAUAACUUAAAAUCAAUGUUUCGACCUAUCUCGAUGAUGGUGCCGGAUAGCAGUAUGAUAGCUGAAAUCAAUUUAUUUGGAGAAGGCUUUCAAAAUGCACGCUCUCUGGCAAAAAAGGUAGAUACGCUCUAUUCGCUUGCUAAACAACAGCUAAGUAAGCAGUUUCACUAUGACUUUGGAUUGCGCGGAAUCGUAACUUUGACUCGUUACGCGGGCAAGAAACGACGACUCUACCCCAAUUUACCCGAUGAAGAAGUUGUUAUACUAGCGAUGAACGACAUGAAUAUUGCGAAACUGACUACCGACGAUCUCCCACUUUUCAUCGGCAUUACGUCCGAUCUCUUUCCUGGAAUUCAAGUGCCAUCAGUCGACUAUGAAGAAUUCACGAGAUACGUCACUAACGAAGCUAUCAAACUGAAUUUACAGCCCAUCCCGGGAUUCAUCCGGAAGGUGAUCGAACUUUACGAGACGAAGAACUCGCGGCACUCGGUAAUGAUCGUCGGGCAGUCGAACACGGGCAAAACGGCCACGUGGCGCACGCUACAGAACACGUUGACGACGAUGAAGAGAGACGGAAAAUCGGGCUUUAACAUCGUGCAUGAAUUCCCCAUCAAUCCCAAGGCCCUGAAUCUCGGCGAAUUAUAUGGAGAAUAUAAUUUAUCGACAGGAGAAUGGUCGGACGGGGUCAUUUCGUCGAUAAUGCGAAAAACUUGCGCCGAUGAGACGCCGACUGAAAAAUGGAUUGUAUUUGAUGGGCCGGUCGACGCCGUUUGGAUUGAGAAUAUGAACAGCGUUAUGGACGACAACAAAAUUUUAACGCUGAUAAACAACGACCGGAUAACGCUGCCGGAACAAGUGUCUCUCCUGUUCGAAGUGGAGGACCUAGCGGUUGCCUCGCCGGCGACGGUUUCUCGCGCCGGCAUGGUCUACACCGACUACAAGGACAUCGGCUGGAGGCCAUAUGUCAAUUGCUGGCUGCAAAAGCACCAGAAACGCCCGGAAUUCGUGCAAGAGAUGAACAGGUGCUUCAACAGCUACGUGGACCAGCUGCUGGAAUUCAAAAGGACCAAUUGCAGCGAGCCCGUGACCGUGCCGGAGCCUAAUGCCGUGCAAUCGCUUUGCAAACUCUUGGAAAUUUUAGCGACGCCGCAAAAUGGAGUGGAAUUAUUGGACGGCCGAGACGCGUUCAACAGCAUGUGCCAAUUGUGGUUUUUGUUUUGCAUGAUCUGGUCAUUGUGCGCCUCGGUCGACGAGGACGGCCGGCAAAAAAUGGACAAUUUCGUAAGGCAGAUGGAGGGCUCGGGCUUCCCCCUCCGAGACACGAUCUACGAGUACUACGUGGACGCCCGACAGCGCUGCUUCGCCUCCUGGGAAGAAAAAUUGUCACCGACCUGGAAGUUCCCUGUCGGAACGGACUUUUACAAAAUCACCGUGCCAACCGUCGACACUGUCAGAUACGAGUACCUCGUCAAUGUACUCUUAACUCAUGGAUUCCCGGUGCUGCUUGUCGGCCCCGUGGGUACGGGCAAAACCUCCACGGCCCAAUCAGUCCUCAACUCGCUGGACCCUCAUCAAUAUAGCUCCUUCAUUUUGAACAUGUCGGGCCAGACGUCCUCCAAAAAUGUCCAGGAGGCCAUCGAGAGUAGAGUCGAAAAGCGCACCAAAGGAGUGUACGUGCCAAUUGGUGGUAAAAUCAUGAUAACCUACAUGGACGACUUCAAUAUGCCUGCCAAAGACACUUACGGCUCUCAGCCACCCCUCGAACUUAUUCGACAGUGGAUGGGCUAUGGGUUCUGGUACGACCGCCAGAAUCAAGCUCUCAAAUAUAUUCAAAAAAUGCAAUUGAUGACGUCGAUGGGUCCACCGGGAGGAGGUAGAAACACACUAUCCAAUAGACUGCUAGCCAAGUUCAAUGUCAUAAAUAUGACCUUCCCCGCCGAGAAGCAAAUCGUGCGAAUCUUCGGCACUAUGCUCAAUCAACAGUUGUUAGACUUUCACGAAGAAGUGAAGAGCCACGCUGAUGAUUUAACGAGAGCAACGAUCACCAUGUACAACAAUGUCGUUCUCAAUAUGCUUCCCACGCCCAUGAAAAUGCACUACUUGUUCAAUCUGCGGGACAUUUCGAAGGUCUUCCAAGGCUUGCUGCGCAGCCACAAAGACUAUCAAUACUCAAAGCAAACCUUCCUGCGUCUCUGGGUUCACGAGACUUUCCGUGUAUUUAGCGAUCGCCUCGUCGACGAGCGGGACAACGAGUGGUUCCUGUCUGCGGUGAAUGAACAACUGGCUCAACAUUUCGAUACGACGUUCAGCGGUCUCUGUCCCGAAAAAAGAUGUCCAAUAUUCGGCAGCUUCACCAACGCCUGGAACAUUUACGAGGAGCUGCGGGACGUGGCAGCGGUGCGCAGCUACGCCGAGAACCAGAUGGACGAGCAUAACUCGACGCCCGGGCUGGUGCGCCUCGACCUCAUACUGUUCCGAGACGCCCUCGAGCACAUAUGCCGCGUCGUGCGUGUAAUAUCGCAGCCACGUGGGAACAUGCUGCUGGUGGGUAUCGGCGGCAGCGGCAGGCAAUCGCUCUCGCGACUGGCCGCCUACAUGUGCGAGCUGACGAGCUUCCAAGUGGAGGUCUCCAAGCACUACCACGUGGCGGAAUUCCGUGAAGACCUGAAAAGCCUGUACUACUUGGCGGGCGUCGACAACAAAGCCUCGAGCUUCCUCUUCAACGACACUCAGAUUGUCGAGGAGCAGUUCCUCGAGAUCGUCAACAACAUGUUGAGCACCGCCGAGGUCGCCGGUCUGUUCAAGCCCGACGAGCUCGAAGACAUAAAAAACAAGCUGUCGAAGGAAGCGGCCAAGGCUCGAAUAAGCCCGACGAUGGAGGCGAUCUAUCUGUUUCUGAUUGAGCGCGUGCGGGCGAACCUGCACGUGAUCCUGUGCAUGAGCCCGAUCGGCGAAGCUUUCCGAAACAGACUGCGCCAAUAUCCGGCGCUGAUCAACUGCACGACCAUCGAUUGGUUCCACGAGUGGCCGAGGGAAGCGCUCCUCGAAGUCGCUAACAAGUCCCUCAUGAAUCUCGAUUUGACUCUUACCAUUACGGGCGACCAGAGGACCGAGGACGAGCUGCCGCCAGCUCUGCUCCAGGAGCACACGCGCAACGCCGUCGCCUCGAGCUUCGCCCUCGUGCACGCCAGCGUCUCGCGAUUCUCUCGGCGCAUGUCGGUCGAGAUGAAGCGCUUCAAUUACGUGACGCCCACGAAUUUCCUGGAGCUGGUUGCCGGAUACAAGCAGCUGCUGGAGGAGAAACGCGUCGAGCAGUCGGGCCAGGCGAACAAGCUGCGCAACGGCCUGUUCAAGCUCGAUGACACGAAGGAAAAAGUGAAGGAGAUGGCCGUGGAGCUGGUGGCGACGCAGCAACAGGUGCAGCGCUCGACGCUCGAGUGCGAGGAGUACCUCGUGAGCAUCGUGAGCCAGCGGCGCGACGCCGACGACACGCAGAGGCUCGUUAGCGCCAGGUCGCUCAAGAUCGCCGAAGAGUCGCUCGAGUGCAAGCGGCUCGAGGCCAUCGCUCGCGCCGACCUCGCCAGCGUCGAGCCAGCCCUCGAGGAGGCCAUGUCGGCCCUCGACGCCCUCAACAAGAAGGACCUCACGGAGAUCAAGUCGUUCAGCCGACCGCCCGCCAAGGUGCAAAUGGUCAUGGAGGCCGUGAUGAUUUUCAAGUGCUCCGAGCCCAGCUGGGCCGAGUCCAAGCGCCAAUUGGGAGACGUCAACUUCAUCAACCAGCUCAGGGAUUUCGACAAGGACCACAUGUCCGACAAGACGCUGCGGCUCAUCGCCAAGUACACCUCCAUGCCCGACUUCGACCCGGAAAAGGUGGGCAUCGUGUCCAACGCUGCCAAGUCGCUGUGCAUGUGGGUCAUCGCGAUGGAGCAGUACGGACAGCUUUUCAGAAUUGUCGCUCCGAAACGGGAAAAGCUGGAGGCCGCGUUGGCAUCGCUGCGCGAAAAGGAAGCUGCUUUGACGGAGGCCAGUGCGCAAUUGCAAAAGUUGCGCGAGCAGUUGCAGCGGCUACAGCAAAUGUACGACGCAAAGAUGAAGGAAAAAGAAGACUUAAUUAGUCUGGAGGAGUUAUUGAAGCUGAAGUUGGAACGGGCAGCAAUGUUGGUUGACGGUCUAUCCGGCGAGCGAGUCAGAUGGGAGAGCAGCGUGGAGGAGCUCGGCGGCAUGUUCGAUUCGCUGCCCGGCGACUGCCUGAUUGCUACCGCCUUCAUCUCUUACCUGGGGCCCUUUGUUUCUAAUUACAGGGACGAGCUCGUUCGCAUUUGGAGCGCCGAGGUACUCGAGAAAGAGAUUCCAAGUUCGCGAAGCCUCGACGUGAAGGAAUUUUUGAGCAAUCCCACGACCAUCCGAGAGUGGAACAUUCAGGGCCUGCCCUCCGAUGACUUUAGCACCGAGAAUGGUAUUAUCAUCGUCCGCGGCUCCAGGUGGCCGCUCGUCAUCGAUCCUCAGGGACAGGCGGCCAAGUGGAUCAAGAAUAUGGAGGCCAAAAAUGCCCUUAAAAUCAUCGACUUUGCCCAGCCGGACUUCACCAAAGUCCUCGAACAAGCCAUUCAAUUCGGUAAGCCCGUUUUGCUGCAGAACGUGGCCGAGACUCUGGAGCCGGUAAUGGAUUCAGUACUUCAGAAGGCUUUCAUCAAGACAGGCAAUCAACUGAUGAUCAAGUUCAACGACAAGAUGAUUACGUUCGACCAAAAGUUUCGGUUAUUCAUCACGACCAAACUGCCGAAUCCACACUACGCGCCGGAAAUAUCGACGAAAACGACUUUGUGCAAUUUCGCCAUCAAGGAGCAGGGUCUGGAGGCUCAACUGCUUGGCAUCGUCGUCAGGAAAGAAAAGCCUGAGCUCGAAGAACAAAAGGACAAUCUGGUCCUGGCCAUUGCCACCGGGAAACGUACCUUGAAAGAACUCGAGGAUAAAAUCCUUUACCUGCUGAGUGUAUCGUCCGGAUCCCUGCUCGACGACUUGGACCUGCUGACGACUCUGCAAACUUCGAAGAGCACGGCAAUUACAAUCGCUGACUCGUUGGUCGUGUCGGAGGAAACGGAGAUCGAAAUCGACAAGGCGAGGGAGGCUUAUCGAGCCUGCUCGAAGCGAGCGGCGCUGCUCUUCUUCGUGCUCAACGACAUGAGCAAGAUCGACCCGAUGUACCAGUUCUCGCUGGACGCCUACAUAUCUCUGUUCAACAUAUCCAUCGACAAGAGCCCCCAGCACUCGGAGCUCGCCGAGAGGAUCGACGCCCUCAACGACUAUCACACCUACGCCCUGUACAGGAACACCUGUCGGGGUUUGUUCGAGCAGCACAAGCUGCUCUUCUCCUUCCACGUGUGCAUGCGAAUACUCGAAGCCCAGGACAAGGUGGUGCGCUCGGAGUACAGCUUCCUGCUGACCGGCGGCAUCGUCAUCGACCGCGAAAGUCAGCCGGAGAAGCCGGUCGACUGGCUGCCCGACGAGGUCUGGGACAACGUCGCCGAGCUCGACAAGCUGCCCGGCUGCCAAGGCCUGGUCGCGUCCUUCGAGCAGUGCCCGCGUGACUGGCAAAGCUGGUACAUGUCGAGCGAGCCCGAGAGCGAGAGCCUGCCGGCCGAGUGGGAGGAGCGCUGCGGCGAGUUCCAGCGCAUGCUGGUCGUGCGCAGCUGCCGGCCGGACCGGACGACGAGCUGCCUGCGCAGCUUCGUCGUGGCCAACCUGGGCCAGCCGUUCGUCGAGCCGCCGGUCCUCGACGUCAGAGCCGUGCUCGACGACUCGACCGAGCGCACGCCCCUCGUGUUCGUGCUGUCGCCGGGCGUGGACCCGACCGCGGCGCUGCUGCAGCUCGCCGACAGCCAGGACAUGGGCGACCGCUUCAUGACGCUGUCGCUGGGCCAAGGCCAGGCGCCGAUCGCUACCCGCAUGAUCGAGCUCGGCUCGCGCCAGGGCGCCUGGGUCUUCUUGGCCAACUGCCACCUGUCGCUCAGCUGGAUGCCGAAGCUCGACAAGAUCGUGGAGAACUUGGCGGGCAGCAGGGACGUGCACCCGCAGUUCAGGUUGUGGCUGAGCUGCAGUCCCACGCCGCAGUUCCCCAUCUCCAUCCUGCAGGCGGGCAUCAAGAUGACCACUGAGCCGCCCAAGGGCCUCAAGGCCAACAUGAAGCGGCUGUACGGCUUGCUGAGCGAGGCGCAGUUCGAGAGCUGCCAGGCCAAGCCCAAGUACAAGAAGCUGCUGUUCGCGCUGGUCUUCUUCCACGCGGUGCUGCUCGAGCGCAGGAAGUUCCAGCAGCUCGGCUGGAACGUGCUGUACAGCUUCAACGACUCGGACUUCGAGGUGUCGGAGAACCUGCUGCGCGUCUACCUGGACGAGUACGAGGAGACGCCGUGGGACGCGCUCAAGUACCUAAUCGCGGGCAUCUGCUACGGCGGCCACGUGACCGACGACUGGGAUCGCCGGCUGCUGCUCAGCUACGUCGAGGAGUACUUGAGCGAGGCGGUGCUGCGCGUGCCGCAGUACCGGCUGUCGGCGCUGCCCACCUACUGCGUGCCGCGCGACGGCUCGCUCGACAGCUACCGCGACCUCGUGAGCGCGCUGCCGAUGACCGACCGGCCGGAGGCCUUCGGCCAGCACCCCAACGCCGACAUAGCCUCCCUCGUCACGGAGACGCGCGCGACGCUCGAGACGCUGGCGAGCAUGCAGCCACAGACGGCGGCGGCGGCGGCGGCGGCGGCCGGCGACGGCGGCGGCGACGGCGGCGGCGACGGCGGCCCCUCGACCGAGGAGCGCGUCGACCGGCUGGCCGAGGACGUGGCCUCGCGGCUGCCGCGGCCCAUAGACCUGGAGCGCGCCGCGCGCACCCUGGCCCGCGGCCCCCUGGAGGUGGUGCUGCUGCAGGAGGCCGCGCGCUACAACGCGCUGCUGGCGGCCGUGCGCUCGAGCCUGCGCGAGCUGCGCCGCGCCAUCGCCGGCCUGGCCGUCAUGUCGGCCGAGCUCGAGGAGACCUUCGGCUGCCUGCAGGAGGGCCGCGUGCCGCCGGGCUGGUCGCGCACCUACCCGUCGCUCAAGCCGCUGGCCGCCUGGACGCGCGACCUCGGGCUGCGCCUGGAGCACCUGGCCGGCUGGGCCGAGAGCGGCCGGCCGCCGGCGCGCUUCUGGCUGGCCGCCUUCACCUUCCCCACGGGCUUCCUCACGGCCGUGCUGCAGAGCCAGGCGAGGCGCGCGCGGCUGCCCAUCGACUCGCUCUCGUGGGAGUUCGCCGUGCUGAAGCCCGAGCUCGAGCGCGGCCUCGCCCCGCCGCCCGCGGACGGCGUCUACGUGCGCUCCCUGUACCUCGAGGGCGCCGGCUGGGACGCCCGGCUGGGCGCGCUCGUGGACCCGGCCCCGAUGCAGCUCGUCUGCGACAUGCCGGUGGUGCACUUCAAGCCGACCGAGCAGCCGCGCAGGAAAGCCAAAGGCCUGUACAGCUGCCCCUGCUAUUACUACCCGCAGCGCUCUGGAGACCAAGGCAGGCCCGCCUACGUAGUUACGGUUGAUUUAAAUGCUGGCGCAGAAAACGCUGCUUUCUGGACCAAACGCGGAACAGCUUUACUUUUAAGUCUAGCCUCGUAAUUUACAAUGCUCUUAGAGUAUUGUUA